AUGUCCCCUCCCACUGAGAUUCCACGAAAGCCUCCUAGCCCCUAUCCACCUUACUUCAUCUGCGCCUCCCCUUCCGCACUCCUCACUGCACGUGUCAUCGAGAAUCUAAGCGAGGUUGCGCACCCCGAGAGCCCGAGGGUUGGGUUCAAUGCGAACGUCAGGGAUGGCCAAUUCAGAUACGACCGUGACUUCCUUAUGCAGUUCAUGUACAUGUACAAGGAGAAGCCGUCUACCUCCAUCCCAAGCGAU